AUUAUAGAUAAUAGCACGGCUAUAGAUAGUACUAUCUUUAAUCGUGGAUAAUAGGGAUACAGGAUAGACAUUUGACGGACUACAUGUGGGAUGUAAGCGCUUAUGUCUAGACGAGCGGUUCAAAGUGUUUACAAUAAGCAUAAUAUGCACUGAAUACUGACAUUAAAUAAGCGCCCAUGUCGAACGCACCCUAUAUUGUUCUGUCGUUCUGUGAUUUAAAUAUUUAAUAUAAUAUACCUUAAAAAGUUAAAACUACGAAUUUAACUAACCUAACCACUAUACCUUAAUUCGUGCUUAAAACAUUUUUUUACGAAAUAAUUAGUCCCGGUGUUAUUGUGUUAUUUAAUAGUUAUUACUUAUUACUUAUUAGUAAAUUUAAUUGUAAUUGAUUUGGACGAUUUGGACUAAUAAAUAAAUAAAAUCUAUAUUUCCAAUUUGCCAUUAGUUUUACACAGAACAGAAUAUAAUAUUUUUCAUAGUUUUCUACUUUUUUAGUUAUAUUGUAAAUAGGUUAUAAUAUAAACCUUUGUUUUCACAGUUUAGUACAAAUAAGAUAGUAUAUAAUUCGGACUGUCUGGUAAGUGGUAAUUAUUAAUUAAUACCUACUGCAGACCAUCAUAAUAUCAUAUUUUAGUCUAGUCUUCUGUCUUAGUCUGUGAGUCAAGGUGUAUUUAUUUAAAUCCACUUUGCUGUGAUUUAUACCAAUCAUCAGAAAUUCUGAAUAAUUUCAGUUUUACAAUGUUUUCUAAGUAUCUAUGACUGAAGAUCUACAAGAUAAUCAUGAAUAAACAUAAUUUUGAUAACGAGCAAUUAGAAAUAAUAUCAUUAUCUAAUUAUUGCCGUAGGUAAAGUAGAUUAAUAUUUGACAAAAGAAUUUUCAACACUUGUGUACAUUUAGGUGAUACAUUGAUCAAUUGUGAUUAUGGAUGAUGUAAAUUAUUUGGGUAAAGAAUUUGACAACUAUUAUGGUGUUGUUUUUACAAACAACAAUGAAGACAAAAUAAAUAGCUCAUAUCAUUUAUUAAAUACAGAGAAGCAACAUGUAAAUGUAUGCCAAGUGUUUUUAAGAAAAGUGUUUUCAUUAUUGAUACUUCAAUUGUUUGCAUUCAACUUUAUGGGAUUUUUUUGUUUGUUUACACCAAAAAUACGUUUUUUUAUUUAUAACUUUGAAUAUAUGUUGUCAAUUACAUUAAUAUUAAAUGUGGUUGUACUUAUUUUUUUACACAUGAAACGCAAGCAUUAUCCUGCUAACCUUAUAAUUUUAAUAGUUUUUACUGUUAUAGAAGCUUGUACUGUAGGAAUUGUAGUCACAUCAUUUGAUUUAUUUAUACUGCUACAAACAUUAUUACUCACCUUAGUUUCAAUGAUAGCAACAACAUUAUAUUUGAGUAAAACAAAGAGAGUGGGUUUAUCAUUGACUGAAUAUUGCCCUCUGCUGAUUUUAACUAUAUUUUCGUCUGGUGUAUUAGUACAAAUCAUACUGGGCAGUACUACAUAUGAACUUGUAUUCUCGAGUAUUAGUUCAUUAUUAUUUUCAAUGUUCCUUGUACAUGAUGCUCAGAAAUUGAUGUGGAAAUUACAUCCUGAAGAUUAUGUUUACGGUACCAUCAGUAUAUAUUUUGAUAUAAUCAAUUUAAUUCCUUAUGUACUUCAUAAAGUUUACAGCUUUAGGGUAUAAAAUAUAAUUUGAAAAUCAAAAGACGUUUAAGUUAUAUACAUUUUUGUAUUGUUAUAUAAUUAUCUUUAACAAAAUAAUACAUAUUUUUUGGUUUAUAAUGCAAA